UGAACGCGAUCCGUCCCUAGUCCAAUCAGAAGCCAGAAUUGUGACAGCUGAAAGCGGCUUUCCUCUCUACCAAUCGGAAGGCGCCAGAUUUGUUUACGUUCAAGAAGGCAGCGUGGUGACGGGCAGCGGACGAGAAUAUUCAACGUUUUUCAACUUUUCUCAGUUAUUACCUGUCAGCAUGCGCCUGGAGACUGUGGCGGCGGUGGUGGUGGUGGUGCUGGCGGUGAGCUGCGCGGCGGAGGAGGAGAAGAAGAAGGAGAAAGUGAAGAAGCUGCAGAUUGGGGUGAAGAAAAGAGUAGAUAAUUGGAAAGCUGGAAAAUGGCACAGAAUUCGACAGCAGUUACCCUCGAGGACAACCCCUGACCUUCACGCUGGGGUCAGGUCAGGUCAUCCGAGGCUGGGACCAGGGACUGAUUGGGAUGUGCGAGGGGGAGAAGAGGAAGCUUGUCAUCCCCUGGACCUCGGCUAUGGAGCUUCAGGGGCGCCUCCAAAGAUACCUCCCCACACCACGCUGGUCUUCGAGGUGGAACUUGUCAAGAUAGAGAGGAAAGAGGAGCUUUGAGGCUAAUCUAGGGUGCGUGCAGGUGUGUGCGGGUGUGUGCAGGUGUCUGGUGGAGUGUGUGUGUCUGUGUGUCUGUCUGUGUGUGAUUUUUCCCUUUCUGUAGAGAUUAACGGUAUCUGUGUGUGUUUGUGUGUGUCUGUGGAGUUUUAAGGGUGUCUAGAGAGUACUUAAAGGCUCCCUCACCCUUAACAAGUCUAGGGGUGUGUGUGUAUGUGUGUGUGUGUUUAUGGCUGGGAGAGGUCUUCAGUGUGUGUGUGUGUGUUUGUCUGUAAGGGUGACCAGCAUAGCCAAGAGACUGCAAGGGUGUUGGAGAAUGGUCAGGAAAAAUUUUAAGGGUGUUUCUUUGUCACCCUGUUCAGUUUAAGGGUGUUUAAUAUGGUCAGGGAAAAUUUUAAGGGUGUUUUUUGUCACCCUGUUCAGUUUAAGGGUGUUUAAUAUGGUCAGGAAAAAUUUUAAGGGUGUUGCUCGUUACCCUGUUCAGUUUAAGGGUGUUUAAUAUGGCCAGGAAAAAUUUUAAGGGUAUUUUUUGUCACCCUGUUCAGUUUAAGGGUGUUUAAUAUGGUCAGGGAAAAUUUUAAGGGUGUUUUUUGUCAUCCUGUUCAGUUUAAGGGUUUAAUAUGGUCAGGAAAAAUUUUAAGGGUGUUGCUCAUUACCCUGUUCAGUUUAAGGGUGUUUAAUAUGCCCAGGAAAAAUUUUAAGGGUGUUUUUUGUCACCCUGUUCAGUUUAAGGGUGUUUAAUAUGGCCAGAAAAAAUUUUAAGGGUGUUUUUUGUCACCCUGUUCAGUUUUAGGGUGUUUAAAAUGGUCAGAAAUGUUUAAAGGGUGUUUUUUUUUUGUCACCCUGUACAGUUUAGGGGUGUUUAAUAUGGCCAGGAAAAAUUUUAAGGGUGUUGCUCAUUACCCUGUUCAGUUUAAGGGUGUUUAAUAUGGCCAGGAAAAAUUUUAAGGGUGUUUUUGUCACCCUGUUCAGUUUAAGGGUGUUCAAAAUGGUCAGAAAUGUUUAAAGGGUGUUUUUUGGUCACCCUGUUCAGUUUAAGGAUGUUUAAUAUGGUCAGGGAAAAUUUUAAGGGUGUUUUUUGUCACCUUGUGUACUUUUUAAGUGUGUGGGGGGAGUGCUAGCUGUAAGGGUGUGUGUUGUCACCCUGGCUGAGUCUUAAGGGUGUUUGUUAAGCCACCCUGUUCGAUUAGUGUUAGUGUGUGUGUGUGUGUACGUGCAUGUCUCACCCCAAUACUUGUAAUCAUAUUCUUUAUAAAUAAAUUUUGUGUGUGUGUGUGUGUGUGUGUCAGGAACACACACACACACACACAAGAAUGAGAGAGAGAGAGAGAGAGAGAGAGAGAGAGAGAGAGAGAGAGAGAGAGAGAGAGAGAGAGAGAGAGAGAGAGAGAGAGAGAGAGAGAGAGAGAGAGAGAGAUGAUUAACAGCUGAGAGAGAGAGAGAGAGAGAGAGAGAGAGAGAGAGAGAGAGAGAGAGAGAAUAACCACAUCUACUACUACUGCUACUACCAUUUGAAACAAUAGAUAUACAAAUAGUCUUAUUAAUAGUCAAGACAUACACACACACAGGUGCGUGUACACAAAUAUUACUACAGCUCAUGGCAGUGUGUGGGUGUAGUAGGACAGACACAAUCAAGUUGACAAGUAUUGAGAUAAUUAUCAAAUAUGUAUUAUUAUUAUUAUUAUUAUUAUUAUUAUUAUUAUUAUUAUUACUUUUUUUUAUCAUUGUUAUGUCUAGGGUUUAAGUCAGUCUCUCUCUCUCUCUCUCUCUCUCUCUCUCUCUCUCUCUCUCUCUCUCUCUCUCUCUCUCUCUCUCUCUCUCUCUCUCUCUCUGUGUGCGUGUGUGUGUGUGUGUGUGUGUGUGUGUUUUUGAGUGCAAUAAAAA